AUGGCUUCAAAUUCAUCAUCAUCUGAUUUAACUUCCGAAGGAAGUUCGGCGAGCAGUUCGUCUAGCGUCGAGUCGAAAAGUGUGCAAAAUAAACUGCCGUCCACUGCUCAGAACAACACCGUGCAAUACGAUUCCAUGGCAACAACAUCAAUGGCUGGUUACGGGCACACUUACCAAACACAUGCACCCAGGUCGAUCAUUCCGGCAACUGGAUCCGUUGAAAUCUGA